CUGAAAACCUCGCUGAGCUCAACACAGCCUGCAUCGUAUACACAGUGACGAUAGAGAGGACUGUUAAGCAGUAAACUGCUAGUACAGGCAGGUAGUGCAAUUGCAGAAUGUGUUGGAUUUUUUUCUGAUUGGGGUUUAUACAAAUAGGUGUGAUCCAGGCUGUGAAAAGCACUUCUGAGCUGUUUGAAGGGUUAAUGGGUUUGUUUCCAAUGCUUUACCUGUUUCAGGUGUAAUUUUUAAAAAAAUGUUGUCCAGGGCAAUGUUUCUUGAACCGGGUUUCCAGUUGACCAAGAUUUCUGUUAAUCUGUACAGGGAAUAAUUUACCUGCCACCCUAUCUUCCCCAAUGUUAAAUCCUGCUUUUACUAGUUCUGUGACCAAUAUAUGGGGCAGAAAACUGAGCUUGAGGAUUUAUGGGCGAGUGUAACAUUUCAGUCACUUCAGUGCUGGUGAACACUACGGGAGGUUGAAACUUCGACAGCUUGCCUGCAAAUGUCCCAGGAGUCCUGUGGGUGGGUCUUUAACCACACUGCUAGUCAUAUACAUACCUGGCUUGAUGCACAGUUGAAAUUAAGAGUUUAAUUGUCUCAGGUAUUCGAGUGUAUGCAAAAUUUAUGUGCAGAAAAUUGUUUGAAUUCAUUCCUGUUAUUUAUUUGUAAUUUGUCUGGAAUUGAGGAAACACCAGUGUUUGGAGUUCAAGAGCCUUGUGGCCCCUUUCAGAGUAUGAGCCUGAAGUAAAUUAUUCCCUGUACUUUGCAGGUUCUGUUUGGGGGUGGGAGGUUUCCUGACAGGCAGGGUGCAGUAGAUAGAGCAGAUACCAUUUUAGUGUAGUGCCAGUUUAAAAUCUCGACACUCCUUAGAUUGCAUUGAAAUAGCUCUGGAAAGUUUCUCAAUCCAAGAAUAAUACGUUUACAAUAUCUCAGCUAUGAAGAAGUGUCCCUGCUAGCUAGUAAGAGUGCGGCCAAGUGAGUCUUAAUCUUAAUCCAUGGCUCAAAGCUUGGUGACUGGGAAUGGAGGGACAGGUUUAUAGGAAAGGAGUCAGAUUGUAGAAGAUAGUUUAUCACAGUGAGUCCCAAACUUGGUUACCUGCACUGGAAUUGGGGAAACACUGGUUUAGUGAAGAAAGGUAGUUGCAUCUUUACAAUGAGACUGAGGGGGAUGAGACAGAAGGUAGUUAACAGGGCAGGGUCUGUUCUCUACUUCAUCACUGAAGUCUGCCUUUUAGACAGCCAAAGAACUGUUCUGUGUGUGUGUGUGUCUCCAGGGCUUUUAUUAUUCAUGGAGGGGAAAAGCUUCCCUUUGGUUCAGUGCUUUCCAGUACGCUCAAGGUUUCUCUUUGGAUGACUUCAAAUGUGUACAAUGUAAAGAGAAUGAAGUCCAUUUAAAACAUUUGGAAAUGUAGCAUGUGAACCAGUGAGAGGGGUGGGGGAGUAAAACUCAACCUCCAGUAUGAUUUAUUUUGAUGCUAUGAAUUUGAAGACAUGGAUUAUGCAUCUUAAAAUUGGCUAGAAUACAAGAAUUAGCCAGGUGCUUAGGAUGUUUGUCUCUUUUAUAAAGAAACCUAAAUACUCGAGUAAAGAAUGAAUAACAUGGCCACAUCUGUAAUUGGUAUAAAGUUUUGCAUGUAAAGCUCUUACCAGACCUUUUGAAAGGCUCCUCUCCUGUUAGUGUGGACUUUGGAGGAUGUAGCUGUUUCUAGAGAGUUGUAAUAGUUAAUUAAGAACGUUAUGGGACAGGCUUUUGCCUCCCUGAAUAAAGCUGUUCUGGAGUUGAGCACACCCCUGGCAGUUUCGAGGCUCCAGUUUGAGCCCCUCUCGUGCUAGGGGGUAGGGAGCAGUCCACAGUGCCCGGGUUAGGAGUUCAGGAGCCUGCAUGUAGCUCAUAGAGGUAUACAGGGUCAUAUAGAGUAUCUGAUCUCUUUCUUUUCUGUAAUAAAAACAAAAAACUGUAAUACAAACAAUUGUGCCACGAUUCCACAGGCCCAUACUAACUGUCCUUAAUUUCUCUCCUACAGCAGUACUGCUAUGCCAGUCCUGUCUGCAUUCUUAAGGUUGCAGCUCAACACAUCCUGUGUAGGUUAUGGUGAACACAAAAAGAUUGUGUCCAAAGGAAGUACUAUCCCAAUUUGUCAGGGGCCACGGGUCAAAGUGGCAUGGUUUAAAGACACGAAUGGGGAGGGGAUCAAGAGUUUCUGUAGCCACAGCAGCUAUUCAAGCAGCCACCUUUCUAACCGCCUCUUCUGUAGCAUUAGUGAUGGUGUAGGCACGUGCUAGUGGCAAGUGGUCCCUGUGCAUUGAAUAUAAAAUAAAAACUACUUUUAACUAAUUUUAUGUAGACCCAAGUGUAAGUUUAUAUUAACCUGCCCAUCAAUGACACCUUAGUUUGAUGCCUAAUUACAAUCAGCUUAAAAGCUCAGCAAAUAAAUACUGUGUGCACCAAUGCCUAAUUUCCUAGCCCUGUUUUGGGGCUGCUCAGUAUGGCCGUAGUAUAUUAACAUCUUUAACGUGACUUUGUUUAUUGAAACGAUUGCAGUGAAACCCUUGUUUAACAGGAACCACGCCUUUGCUGUUUUUAAUCAAACAAAAUAACAAUUAGAUUUAAAGAAACAAAGUCCUAAGUUUCACACAUGCAGUAUAUACAACUUCAUGAUCAUAACAAAAUAAAAUACGAUUUAAAUCAUCCCCAUCAUUUACAGAGGCAGACUACCAAUGUUAAGAUUUGGGAUUUAGUAUUGAUGCUGCUUGACAAGAUUACAUUUUUAAACGUUAGAAUAUAAAGAAUCCCUCAAUAUAGCUGGUUGUGGAUGACUGAAGGAAGACACUUUUUUUUGGUUUUGUUUUUUUGCUUAAGUUACAUUACCAGGAGGUAUGCUGUGUGUUAAAGUUCAAACCCUUUCCAAAGUGUUACUAAUGGUAAAGAGAAUUUUCUAGGCUUCUUUUCUGCCGGUUGAAGUCAGACACUGCAGAGGGACACCAGGCACAGAAAGUGAGGGAAAACCCCAGAUCCCAAACUCCAUGCCAGAACGUACAUGGACGUCAUGCGUGAGCAGCACCUCACAAAGGAAGAGAAAGAGAUCCGUCAGCAGAUGGCGGAGAAGGCGAAGGCAGGGGAGCUGAAGGUGGUGAACGGCUCUGCUGCAUCCCAGGCUGCUGCUGCAGCUGCUGCCGCGAAACGCAAGCGCCGGUGGGACCAGACUGCGGACCAGACCCCCAACAGUGCCAGCACCACGCCCAAGAAGGUGUCCAGCUGGGACCAGGCAGACGUCACCUCGGAGCAAACUCCGGGACACACACCGGGACACACACCCUCUGAGAGCCGCUGGGAUGAAACCCCUGGCCGAGCGAAGGGCAGUGAGACCCCUGGAGCCACCCCCAGCUCCCGCAUGUGGGACCCCACCCCCAGCCACACCCCUGCAGGAGCGGCCACACCCGGCAGAGGAGACACACCUGGCCACGUCACACCAGGCCACGGGGGAGCCACCUCUAGUGUGCGCAAAAACCGCUGGGAUGAGACACCCAAGACAGAGAGAGAGACCCCUGGCCAUGGCAGCGGCUGGGCUGAGACCCCCCGUACAGACCGUGGUGGUGACUCUGUGGAAGAGACUCCCACCCCAGGGGCCAGCAAGAGGAAGUCGCGCUGGGACGAGACCCCCGCGAGCCAGAUGGGCUCCUCCACCCCCCUGCUUACCCCGGGAAAGACCCCCAUAGGAACCCCUGCCAUGAAUAUGGCCACUCCCACGCCAGGUCACCUGAUGAGCAUGACCCCCGAGCAGCUGCAGGCCUGGCGCUGGGAGCGUGAGAUAGAUGAGAGGAACCGGCCGCUCACCGACGAUGAGCUCGAUGCCAUGUUCCCUGAGGGGUACAAGGUCCUGCCCCCUCCAGCGGGCUACGUUCCAAUCCGCACCCCGGCCCGCAAGCUCACGGCCACCCCCACCCCUAUGGGAGGAAUGACCGGGUUCCACAUGCAGACAGAGGACCGCACCAUGAAGACCAUCAACGACCAGCCCUCCGGCAACCUGCCCUUCCUCAAGCCAGACGACAUCCAGUACUUCGACAAGCUGCUGGUGGAGGUGGAUGAGUCGACUCUCAGUCCAGAGGAGCAGAAAGAACGGAAGAUCAUGAAACUGCUGCUGAAAAUCAAGAACGGCACUCCGCCAAUGAGAAAGGCCGCGCUCCGUCAGAUAACAGAUAAAGCCCGUGAGUUUGGGGCUGGCCCGCUCUUCAAUCAGAUUCUGCCCCUGCUGAUGUCCCCCACGCUGGAAGAUCAGGAGCGCCAUCUUCUGGUGAAGGUCAUUGACAGGAUCCUGUACAAGCUGGAUGACCUGGUCCGGCCCUAUGUGCACAAGAUUCUCGUGGUUAUUGAACCCUUGUUGAUUGAUGAAGAUUACUACGCCAGAGUGGAGGGCAGAGAAAUCAUCUCCAAUUUGGCCAAGGCUGCUGGUCUGGCCACCAUGAUCUCAACCAUGCGCCCCGACAUUGACAACAUGGAUGAGUAUGUGAGGAACACGACGGCCCGUGCCUUCGCUGUGGUGGCCUCGGCGCUGGGGAUCCCCUCGCUGCUCCCCUUCCUCAAGGCCGUGUGCAAGAGCAAGAAGUCCUGGCAGGCCAGGCACACUGGCAUCAAGAUCGUGCAGCAGAUCGCCAUCCUCAUGGGCUGUGCCAUCCUGCCCCAUCUCAGGAGCCUGGUGGAGAUCAUUGAGCACGGUCUGGUGGAUGAGCAGCAGAAGGUGCGCACUAUCAGUGCUCUGGCUAUCGCUGCCCUGGCUGAGGCAGCCACCCCCUACGGUAUCGAGUCCUUCGACUCCGUGCUCAAGCCCCUGUGGAAGGGUAUUCGGCAGCACAGAGGCAAGGGUCUGGCUGCUUUCCUGAAGGCUAUCGGCUACCUGAUCCCCCUGAUGGACGCCGAGUAUGCCAACUACUACACCAGGGAGGUGAUGCUGAUCCUCAUCAGAGAGUUCCAGUCUCCCGAUGAGGAGAUGAAGAAAAUUGUGCUCAAGGUGGUGAAGCAGUGCUGUGGCACAGACGGUGUGGAAGCAAAUUACAUCAAGACAGAGAUCCUGCCGGCCUUUUUCAAACACUUUUGGCAGCACAGGAUGGCGCUGGACAGGAGGAACUACAGACAGCUGGUGGACACCACGGUGGAGCUGGCUAACAAGGUGGGCGCUGCGGAGAUCAUUUCUCGCAUUGUGGACGACCUGAAGGACGAGGCGGAGCAGUACCGCAAGAUGGUGAUGGAGACCAUUGAGAAGAUCAUGGGCAACCUUGGGGCAGCUGACAUCGACCACAAACUGGAGGAGCAGCUUAUCGAUGGCAUCCUGUACGCCUUCCAGGAGCAGACUACUGAGGACUCCGUGAUGCUGAACGGCUUUGGCACAGUGGUGAACGCGCUUGGGAAGCGUGUGAAGCCCUACCUGCCCCAGAUUUGCGGUACCGUCCUGUGGCGUCUCAACAAUAAGUCCGCUAAAGUGCGCCAGCAAGCCGCGGAUCUCAUUUCCAGAACCGCCGUCGUCAUGAAGACCUGCCAGGAGGAAAAGCUGAUGGGUCACUUGGGUGUGGUGCUGUACGAGUACCUGGGAGAGGAGUACCCCGAAGUGCUGGGGAGCAUUCUUGGGGCGCUCAAGGCCAUUGUAAAUGUUAUCGGUAUGCACAAGAUGACUCCCCCGAUCAAGGACCUGCUGCCCAGAUUGACGCCCAUCCUGAAGAACAGGCACGAGAAGGUCCAGGAGAACUGCAUCGACUUGGUCGGGCGAAUUGCUGACCGGGGAGCUGAGUACGUCUCAGCCAGGGAGUGGAUGAGGAUUUGCUUUGAGCUGCUGGAGCUGUUGAAGGCUCACAAGAAAGCCAUCAGGAGAGCCACUGUCAACACCUUCGGUUACAUCGCCAAGGCCAUCGGCCCUCACGACGUGCUGGCCACUCUGCUCAAUAACCUGAAGGUCCAGGAGCGACAGAACCGUGUGUGCACCACCGUGGCCAUCGCUAUCGUGGCGGAGACAUGCUCCCCCUUCACUGUGCUGCCGGCGCUCAUGAACGAGUACCGCGUGCCUGAGCUCAACGUGCAGAACGGCGUGCUCAAGUCCCUCUCCUUCCUCUUUGAGUACAUCGGGGAGAUGGGCAAGGACUACAUCUACGCAGUCACGCCACUGCUGGAGGACGCGCUCAUGGACAGAGACCUGGUGCACAGGCAGACAGCCAGUGCGGUGGUGCAGCACAUGUCUCUGGGUGUGUACGGGUUUGGCUGUGAGGACUCCCUCAAUCACCUGCUCAACUACGUCUGGCCCAACGUGUUCGAGACCUCGCCCCACGUCAUCCAGGCUGUCAUGGGGGCACUGGAGGGGCUGCGCGUCGCCAUCGGGCCCUGCCGCAUGCUGCAGUACUGCCUACAGGGCUUGUUCCACCCAGCGAGGAAGGUGAGGGAUGUUUACUGGAAGAUCUACAACUCCAUCUACAUCGGCUCCCAGGAUGCUCUGAUCGCACACUACCCCCGCGUGUACAACGACGAGAAGAACCCCUUCGUCCGCUACGAGCUUGAGUACUCCUUGUAACUGCCACAAAAAAAAACUUGUUGUUUUUAUUAUUGAUUCUCUCUCUCUCCCAUCCCCCCCCCCCCCCCCGGAUUCCAGAAGAUUCCUUGUAUAUUUUUUUUUUCUGCUUUGAACCUGUUUCGUGUGACAAACCAGUUAUCAGUAGGUGAUGUUGUAAAUUAUCACUAGCCUAUCAAAGCGCUCCGUUUCCAGCGACUUUCUUUAUGUAGGGGUUGUUGCGAUGCUGCAGAAAACUGCGAGUUUAAAACGUGCAGUUAAAUCUGUUGCAUUGCAGCAUCUUUAUUUAGGGGAAACCUGUUUUGCAUUUUAAAAUAUAAAGUACCUCUAGUCGCCAGUUGAAUUGUUUUGUCUAACAUUUAUAAAAAUGUAUGUUUGGUUGUUGUACUGUUACACUUGUAGUGUACACGGGGUAAUUCUUGCGUAAUGACGUCACAAAAAAAACUACAGCAACCAAGCAUAUAAACCAUAGAAUUGUUAUAAAAACAAAGGCUUGGAGCAGAUAAAAAUUUCUAACAGAAACAGUGAAGAGCGUGCAAGCAGUGUGAAGCCAGUCAAGCUCAGUAGAGGCAACGAAGUUCGUAAAUUAAAGAUCAAAUAAAAUAAAUUCAGUUCUGUGGAGCAAAUCUCUUUUUUUAUCAAGGUUACUAUUCCAUUUCUUGUGCUAAUGGGAUGUUUCUUUAUUUGAUCGAAAUAAACAUUUGUGUAUAAAAUUUUAA